AUGUCGGUGAUAUUGUUAAUAGCCGAAAUAAUAUUUAUUGGAGGACUGAUCGUCGGCCUGUACCAGAAAAACACGAACUUAGUAUGCAAAUCAAAAAAGCGUCUCGACGGGAAAACGGUCAUCGUGACAGGUGGAACCAGUGGUAUGGGACUGGAAAUCGCAACAGACUUCGCCCACAGGGGGGCCAAGGUCAUCGUGGCCUGUCCUUAUGAGGACGAAGGAUACAAUGGAAAAAAGAAGAUCAUCAAAAGUUCUGGGAACGAAAACGUUAUUUUCAAACUUUUGGACUUAUCAUCUUUGGCUUCUAUCAGAACGUUUGCUGCGGAUAUUUUGCAAAAUGAAGACAGACUGGAUAUUUUGGUGAACAACGCAGGACUGAGCACCGCUGGGAACCGCAUCACUGAAGAUGGAAUGAAUUUAGUUAUGCAAGUUAAUUAUUUCGGUCCAUUUUUACUGACAAUUUUACUCCUACCGCUUCUGAAGAAAACUGGCGACUCUGACGAACCGAGUAGGAUUGUAAAUACAGCAUCAGUGUUACACAGAGUAGGGAGAGUGAACUUUAAGAGUUGGAAUAAUUCAAAGAUGAGUGUUUUUGCUUAUGCGAAUAGUAAACUGUGUGUGGUAUUGUUUACACGUGAAUUAGCCGAGAGAAUCAAGAACAGUAACGUGGUGGUGAACGUGGUGGAUCCGGGCGCAGUCGGGACAAGUAUAUUUCUAACAGUUGUUGGGAAGGGAUUCGGAUCUUUUGUAUCAUUCUUAUUCUUUGUAUUGUUCAAGCAACCCUGGGAGGGCGCCCAGACUGCGAUCUAUGCUGCGAUGAGCCAAAGCGCUGGGAAACACACUGGUCAAUUAUAUAAAAACUGUAAAAUAGCAAGACCUUCGGCUACUUGUUAUGACGACAAGCUUGCUAGAAAUCUUUGGGAAGAGUCAGUCAGACUUGUCAAAUUAAAUAACGAAGAAUAUAUUUGAAAAAUAUUAUUAUGUAUCGUUUAAUUGGUAUUAUCUGAUAAAAAAACGAAAUCGAUUGUUGUGGGUCAAAAACGCGAUUCGGAUACCUGCAGUGAAUUCUUCAUUUGUAAGGUAGCAAAAUUAUGCAAUUUUAUUUGAAUUGUUUAGUCAUAUUUAUUUUGUUUAGAUAUAAUAAUUUAGAUAGAUAAGUAACUUAAAUAUAAAGUCUGUUUUCUUA